ACGCGGUUCAUUCAUAAAGAAAAAAACCAAAAAAGGAUUGAUCGAGAGAGAGGUAGAACAAUCCAGAACCUAUGCUUUCACGCCAUUUGUUCCCUCCUAUAUAAACUUCCCUCUUACGCCUUGAGUCUCAGAAGUAGUUCAUUCUCUGCAAUUCGUUCUUUCACGUUCUGCGUUGCGCUUUCUCUACGGUUAUCUUUGUGAGUCUCCAUGGCAGACGCUGAGACCUUCUCUUUUCAAGCUGAGAUCAACCAGCUUCUCAGCCUCAUCAUCAACGCAUUCUACAGCAACAAGGAGAUAUUCUUGCGUGAAAUCAUCAGCAAUGCCUCCGAUGCCUUGGAUAAGAUUAGAUUUGAGAGUUUGACAGACAAGAGCAAGCUCGAUGCCCAGCCUGAGCUCUUCAUUCGGCUUGUACCCGACAAGGUCAACAAGACUCUUUCCAUUAUCGACAGUGGCAUUGGAAUGACAAAAGCAGAUUUGGUGAACAACUUGGGUACCAUUGCGAGGUCCGGGACCAAGGAGUUCAUGGAGGCGUUGCAGGCUGGCGCUGACGUCAGCAUGAUUGGUCAGUUCGGUGUUGGGUUCUACUCUGCGUACCUUGUUGCUGAGAAGGUCACUGUUACCACUAAGCACAACGAUGAUGAACAGUACAUUUGGGAAUCUCAAGCUGGUGGCUCCUUCACUGUUACCAGGGACACUGAUGGAGAGCAACUAGGAAGGGGAACCAAGAUCACCCUUUUCCUCAAGGAGGAUCAGUUGGAGUACUUGGAGGAGAGAAGGAUCAAGGAUCUUGUGAAGAAGCACUCUGAAUUCAUUAGCUACCCCAUUUACCUUUGGACUGAGAAGACAACUGAGAAAGAGAUCAGCGAUGAUGAAGAUGAUGAGCCCAAGAAAGAUGAAGAAGGAGACGUUGAGGAUGUUGAUGAGGAGAAGGAGAAAGAUGCUAAGAAAAAGAAGAAGAUUAAGGAGGUUUCUCAUGAGUGGCAACUCAUCAAUAAGCAGAAGCCAAUCUGGCUGCGGAAGCCAGAAGAGAUCACCAAGGAGGAAUAUGCAUCUUUCUACAAGAGCCUGACCAAUGAUUGGGAAGACCACUUGGCUGUGAAGCAUUUCUCUGUGGAGGGCCAGCUUGAAUUCAAGGCCAUUCUCUUUGUACCAAAAAGGGCACCCUUUGAUUUGUUUGAUACCAGGAAGAAAAUGAACAACAUCAAGCUUUAUGUCAGGAGGGUGUUCAUCAUGGACAACUGUGAGGAACUCAUACCUGAGUACCUUGGAUUUGUGAAAGGUGUUGUUGAUUCUGAUGACUUGCCCCUCAACAUCUCUCGUGAGAUGCUUCAACAGAACAAGAUCUUGAAGGUGAUCAGGAAGAACCUUGUGAAGAAGUGUAUUGAGAUGUUCAAUGAGAUUGCAGAGAACAAGGAAGAUUACAACAAGUUCUACGAUGCUUUCUCGAAGAAUUUGAAAUUGGGUAUCCACGAGGAUAGCCAGAACAGGGCCAAGUUGGCUGAUUUGCUCAGAUACUACUCAACAAAGAGUGGAGAUGAGUUAACAAGCUUGAAGGACUAUGUUACCAGAAUGAAAGAAGGCCAGAAAGACAUUUACUACAUCACUGGAGAGAGCAAAAAGGCUGUGGAGAACUCUCCAUUCUUGGAGAGGCUCAAGAAGAAGGGUUAUGAGGUGCUCUUCAUGGUAGACGCCAUUGAUGAGUAUGCUGUUGGACAAUUGAAAGAAUACGAUGGCAAGAAAUUGGUUUCAGCAACGAAGGAAGGAUUGAAACUGGAUGAUGAGACAGAGGAAGAGAAAAAGAAGAAAGAGGAGAAAAAGAAGUCAUUUGACGAACUCUGCAAGGUCAUAAAGGACAUCUUGGGAGACAAAGUGGAGAAGGUAGUUGUCUCUGACAGGAUUGUUGAUUCCCCAUGCUGUUUGGUGACUGGUGAAUAUGGAUGGACUGCAAACAUGGAGAGGAUCAUGAAGGCUCAGGCUCUGAGAGACAACAGCAUGAGCGGGUACAUGUCUAGCAAGAAAACCAUGGAGAUCAACCCUGAUAAUGGUAUUAUGGAGGAGUUGAGGAAGAGGGCUGAAGCUGAUAGGAAUGAUAAAUCAGUGAAGGACCUUGUGUUGCUUCUCUUUGAGACAGCCCUCUUGACUUCAGGUUUUAGCCUUGAUGAUCCCAACACCUUUGCUGCAAGGAUUCACAGAAUGUUGAAGUUGGGUCUCAGCAUUGAUGAGGAUCAGAUUGGUGGAGAAGAUGUUGACAUGCCUCCAUUGGAAGAGGAUGGUGCUGAGGAGAGCAAGAUGGAGGAAGUGGACUAAAGGCUCUUAUGUUUGCUAAUUGAUAAUGAUGAGGGUGGUAUUAAUUAAGUCUGUCAAACUGUGGUCGAUGCUCAACUUUUUUGUUUUUUCAUUUUUUUAAGGACCGGGUUAGUUUUGUGAUGUGAAAACGUGUUUGUGCUGUGGUUGUGCUGCAUCUAUCAAUCUUAUGAUACUAUAAAUAUACAUUAAUGUCAAAUAGCAUUUGUUCUCAACCUCCAACUCUGCCUUACUACUAUUAGAUUGGCGUUGCAUGGACCAAAUGUAGAAUUUGUUAUAUGCAGAUUUAGUUAGCUCAAAAUAUUUCCACACUUAUUGUGUUUAUGAUAUCCGUGUGGAGGCUUCUAAAAUUUGAAUUUGGAUUCAGGUUUGUAAUAAUACGACUGAGUUUUUUAAUUU